GGUCGGCCGCGGGCGGGCGGGCAGGCAGCGCAGCGCCGAGCGGGGCCGCGGGCCCAUGAGGAGGCCCGGGGACCAUGGGCUCCAGGAUCAAGCAAAACCCGGAGACCACGUUUGAAGUGUAUGUUGAAGUGGCCUAUCCUAGGACAGGUGGCACUCUUUCAGAUCCUGAGGUGCAGAGGCAAUUCCCGGAGGACUACAGUGACCAGGAAGUUCUACAGACUUUGACCAAGUUUUGUUUCCCCUUCUAUGUGGACAGCCUCACAGUUAGCCAAGUUGGCCAGAACUUCACGUUCGUGCUCACUGACAUUGACAGCAAACAGAGAUUCGGGUUCUGCCGCUUAUCUUCAGGAGCUAAGAGCUGCUUCUGUAUCUUAAGCUAUCUCCCGUGGUUUGAAGUAUUUUAUAAACUACUUAACAUCUUGGCAGAUUACACAACAAAAGGACAGGAGAGUCAGUGGAAUGAGCUUCUUGAAACUCUGCACAGACUUCCCAUCCCUGACCCAGGAGUGUCUGUUCAUCUCAGUGUGCAUUCUUAUUUUACUGUGCCUGAUACCAGAGAACUUCCCAGCAUACCUGAGAAUAGAAAUCUGACAGAAUAUUUUGUGGCUGUGGAUGUAAACAACAUGUUACAUCUGUACGCCAGUAUGCUCUAUGAACGUCGGAUACUCAUCAUUUGCAGCAAACUCAGCACUCUGACCGCCUGCAUCCACGGGGCCGCCGCCAUGCUCUACCCCAUGUUCUGGCAGCACGUGUACAUCCCCGUCCUGCCGCCGCACCUGCUGGACUACUGCUGUGCUCCCAUGCCCUACCUCAUAGGAAUCCAUUUAAGUUUAAUGGAGAAAGUCAGAAAUAUGGCCCUGGAUGAUGUCGUGAUCCUUAACGUGGACACCAACACCCUGGAAACCCCCUUUGAUGACCUCCAGAGCCUCCCAAAUGACGUGAUCUCUUCACUGAAGAACCGGCUGAAGAAGGUCUCCACAACCACUGGCGAUGGCGUGGCCAGAGCCUUCCUCAAGGCCCAGGCCGCUUUCUUCGGCAGCUACCGAAACGCUCUGAGGAUUGAGCCAGGGGAGCCAAUCACCUUCUGCGAGGAAGCCUUCGUGUCCCACUAUCGCUCUGGAGCCAUGAGGCAGUUCCUGCAGAAUGCCACACAGCUGCAGCUCUUCAAACAGUUUAUCGAUGGUAGAUUAGACCUUCUCAAUUCUGGCGAAGGUUUCAGUGAUGUUUUUGAAGAGGAAAUCAACAUGGGCGAGUAUGCUGGCAGCGAUAAACUGUACCACCAGUGGCUCUCCACAGUCCGGAAAGGAAGUGGAGCAAUCCUGAAUACUGUGAAAACGAAAGCAAACCCGGCCAUGAAGACUGUCUAUAAGUUUGCAAAAGAUCAUGCAAAAAUGGGAAUAAAAGAGGUGAAAAACCGCUUGAAGCAAAAGGACAUCGCUGAGAAUGGCUGUGCCCCCACCUUAGAAGAGCAGCUACCAAAGACUGCACCAUCCCCGCUGGUGGAGGCCAAGGACCCUAAGUUCCGAGAAGACCGAAGGCCAAUCACAGUCCACUUUGGACAGCCACAAAGACUCCGUCCUACUCGCCCGCCGCCUCCCAAGAUACAGCGCUCGAGGCCCGUGCGCCCUCCCCGUCCACAUGUUGUUAAGAGACCGAAGAGCAACAUCGCAGUGGAAGGCCGGAGGACAUCCGUCUCGAGCCCUGAGCACUUGGCAAAGCCCCUGCGACACUACGCGGUCUUCCUCUCCGAAGACUCCUCUGACGAGGAAUGCCAGCGGGAAGAGGGCCCGAGCUCUGGCUUCACCGAAAGCUUUUUCUUCUCCGCUCCCUUUGAAUGGCCGCAGCCGUAUCGGACACUCAGGGAGUCAGACAGCGCAGAAGGGGACGAGGCAGAGAGCCCAGAGCAGCGAGCGAGGGAGCCCGUGGGCCCUGCCCCGGCUCCGCCCGACCGGGCUGCCAGCAUUGACCUCCUGGAGGACGUCUUCAGCAGCCUGGACAUGGAGGUGCCACUGCAGCCACUGGGCCAGGCCAAGAGCUUGGAGGACCUUCGAACCCCCAAGGACCUGAGGGAACAGCCCGGGACCUUUGACUAUCAGAGGCUGGACCUGGGCAGGAGCGAGAGGAGCCGCGGGGUGCCGGCGGCCUCGAGGCUCGCCCACCCGUACAACAAGCUCUGGAGCCUGGGCCAGGACGACAUGGCCGUCUGCAGCAAGGCCCUGGCCGCGCCCCCGGAGAAGCCCUCAGCCUUGCUGCGGAGUGCCCCAGCCCUGCCCCGCAGGCCCCAGGACGGGGACAGCAUCCUGAACCUCAGCGACAAGGAGGCAGCACCCGCUCCCGCCCCGGGAAGCAUCACCAUUCCCCGGCCCCAGGGCAGGAAGACCCCGGAGCUGGGCAUCGUGCCCCCGCCUCCCACCGCCCGCCCAGCCAAGCUCCAGGCUGCCGGGGCCGCCCUCGGUGACUUCUCCUCAGAGUGGCUGCAGGCAGAGCAGCACAGGCGCACUGCCCCGUGCCCCAGUGCUGCCCCCCAAGGCCCCACCGAACUGCUCCAGCCGCUCAGCCUGGCCCCAGGGGCUGCGGCCACUGGCAGCGAUGCCCUCCUGGCCCUCCUGGACCCGCUUAGCACAGCCUGGUCGGGCAGUACCGCUCCACCAGGCCCUACAGCCCCGAAUGUAGCCACCCCAUUUACCCCCCAGUUCGGCUUCCCCCCCGUGGGGACCGCCACCCCAUUUCCGCAGCCAUCACUCAACCCCUUUGUCCCAUCUGUGCCAGCGGCACUGCCUGCCAUGUCUCUGGUCUCCACACCAGCCCGGCCUUUUGGGACCCCGCCCGCUUCCCUGGGGCCAGCUUUCGCCCCCAGCCUCCUACUGUCCAGCUCUGGCUUCUGCGUCCCACACAGAUCUCCGCCCAGCCUGUCUGCCCUCUCCAUGCCCAAUCUCUUUGGCCAGAUGCCCAUGGGUGCGCACACCAGCCCCCUGCAGCCACUGGGCCCCCCAACAGUUGCCCCUUCAAGGAUCCGAACGUUGCCCUUGGUUCGUUCAAGUGCCCGGGCUGCUGAGGCCAAGCAGGGGCUGGCCCUUAGGCCUGGAGACCCCCCACUCCUUCCUCCCCGACCCCCCCAGAGCCGGGAGCCAGCACUGCAGUCCUCUGCUACUCAAGAGGCCAGAGACCCCUUUGAGGAUUUGCUGCAGAAAACCAAGCAAGACGUGAGCCCGGCCCCAGCCGCGGCCCCAGGCUCAGUGGAGCAGCUCAGGAAGCAGUGGGAGACCUUCGAGUGAGCCCGUGAGCCCAGCACUGAGGGCGGGGGCGGCUGAGGCUGAGCUGCGCCCCUGAGCGGCGCACCCGCACGGCUGGGCUCUGAGGCCAGCCGGCCCUUCUUUUCCUGUUGCUCUGUGUCUGCCUGGGCUCUGCAGGUGGGAAGGGACGGGACCCUCUCUGCCGCCCCUCCUCCCUCCCAUACUACCCAGCUCUGAGGUCGCACCGCUGGGAAAGGCACCAGUCCUGGUCUGGGACUCAACUGGUGCCUGGCCCACCUACCACCACCCCUCCCCGGCACCCCUGUUGGGUUUUGCACUAAAGAGGUCGGCUGGGCCUCAGACCAGUCCUACCCACCUUCCCUCUAGAAAGCCCCUCAAGGCCUCUCCUCCCGAGCCUCAUUCUGCCCUGACUGGCCCAGCCCUGGACACCCCACCUUGACCGGCACAGGUGUCAGUGGCACCCUCAGCCUGAGCUCGUCUGCACGAAACACAGAGGUUCUGGAGUUGGAAGUAGGGUCUACCUGGCGAGGCAUUUCCACCUGUCUAGCAAUAUGCACACUCGUUUUUUGUGAGUCUUCACCCCAACCCCCAAACUCCAGCUAUAUCUGGCUUGGUAGGGAUUUGGGGUCUGAGGGAUCCCUCGUGAGAGACAGCCCCAGCCAGCCCUGCGUGGGGCUGAGAGCACCAGCAACUCUUGACUUGUAGACGAAAAAAUAGCUACAGGUUAAUGUGAACGCAUCAGAAGCUGGAGUCAGACCGCUGUUGGGCGCUCUCCCUUGAUCCUUACAGGUUCUCCUGCUCUUGUGUUUCUGUCAAAUGGAGCUCAGCCUCCCGUCUUGCAGGACUGCUGGGGCAGAGCUGAGCGGUAGCCCCCACUCCCCGGGCUCCCUGGGUCAGGAAGGAGCAGGGCACUGAGCCCUUCCCAGUCCCCGGGGGAGUGGACAGGCGGCUUCUGGCAGCCCGGAGACAGGAGGGCUGAGAGAAUCCUUCCCUGCUCCCUCGUGAUUCUCGCCAGCAAAGAAAUUCCUGAGGCCAACAUCACCAAAGCUAAAUUGAAAUGUUUUGUUAUUGUUUCUUUUAUCUUUUUCUUUUUACUUUAUUGAUUUGAUGAAUCUUGAAAUUGACUAGUUUCAAUAAACCAAGUUGAAAUGUGACCCAGCCAUUUAAGAAAACAACCAUCUGAGACAUGCAGGAAAUUGUGAGCAUUUUGACCUGAUUUCUCAUUUCCUAUUUGUGGACAGUCAGUCUCAGAGGUGUCUGAUGGGACAAGGGUGUCCCUGGAGAUCCCCAGAACCCCAGGGAGCCGUGGUGAAUGAGGGGGGGCUGGAGGCCACCCCCCUGGUGGAGACCUGGCCCUGAGGUUUGCUGACAGAGCCGGGCACACAGCCCCUUCAUGAGUCAGUCUGGCGGCUUGGGAGCGGGGCAGGGGAUGUCACACCUGGGCCACAUGGGCACCUCCAGGUCACUCAGGUGUUUCCAAACAUCCCAGUUUGAUCCAUCCUGGGCAGGCCUCUGAACCCCACUGGGGAUGGGGUAGCCCACCCCAUGGUCUCUGGCUGUGCAAGGGUCUGGUGGCACUGCUGUCUCUUCGUGUGCCAGGUUGAACUUGCAAACCCCAGGAAGACGUGUG